CAGUUCUCUCUCGGCCGCCGGUGGAGCUAUACGUUGCUACUCCAAAAUCAACAAAUAUUUUUUUCAAACGAGAGUAAGGACAGUCGUGUGAAUUUUUCACUGUGAAAUAAUUUAUAGAUGUGAGUUUGUGGAAAAUUUACUGUUUGUGUUUGAAAGAAGAAACAUAAUUUUUCAUAAAAAAUGCAAGCGAGGAAACGUCAAAGGAAGCGAAGACCAAGACAAAUGGCGGUGCGUUGGACGCUAAAUAUAAUGUGAUUUCGUAUUAAGCAAAAUGGCGUUUGUUUGCCCAACGAUGGGCAUCACGAACAGGGAUCUCUUAGUGUUAGUUCUGUUGUUUUGCCGGACAAUAGUUUGUGACAGUCAGUGUCCGAAGUUUGCCGGGAAACCUUUGGAGACGAGGGUUCAAGACGCUUCGAUCGUCUUCAGAGCUGUCGUUGUCCAGACGCAUUUUCAGCGGAAGACAUUAGAUUUGGCGCUGGUGUCCAUAUACAGGGGUGGUUUGGAAUUAGCGUCCGUGAGCCAAUAUAUGGGAUCACCAUACAAUACCACGGAUAGACAGGUGAACUUUAAAAUAAGUCCACAACUUAGUGGUUGCUUUAAUUGGAGCAUGGAACCUUCCCAAAGUGAGCUGGUGGUCUUCGCAAGGAUCAGUGCACCGGCAGUAGAUUUAGAAACCACCCCUCCUGAUGGUCCAUGGUUGGAGGCGACUGCGGCAGCGGUACCUUGGACUCUAGGUGUGGAUAUCGCUAUAUGGAAUGCUGUAGGGUGGGGCGGCUGGGGCGAGUGGGGGUCCUGCAGCAGAACUUGUGGGGGUGGGAGGCAAACCCGAAGAAGAUACUGCUCGAGGGCCACCUGCGAGGGGUAUGGCGAACAAGCGAGAUCGUGUAAUUCCUUUGAUUGCGAAGGUACAAUAAACCCUUUAGCACCAGGUGCAAGAAGAAACUUCCACCCGGCCCAAGCCAGAUGGGGCCCAGUGCAGGACAGACCUCAUGCUUUCAGCCUAAGGCCAAACUCGUACAUCUGGAUUGCAUCAUCGGAGCUCUUCAAUAACGGAAAAACUUUUCCCAGAGAAUUCACCCUUUUUAUAUCAUUGAGGCUUAGACCAGAGAGUGGUGGAUACGGGCAAGGAACGCUGUUUUCGCUCCGAUCAAGACGCCGCACUGGUUCGUUUCUUUCACUGGAACUAGCUGGCCGGGGUGCAGCUAGACUGGUCCAUGCUGGAGCUGGAACCUCAAGGUCAAUUUACUUAGCAGUACCACUGUACGACUUCCGAUGGCAUCACAUAGCAAUCAGUGUGCACGAUGACAACACAGUACGUGCUUUCGUGGACUGCCGUUGGUUGAGGACCGAUGUCCUUGAGAAGGACGCUCUUGACACGCCAAGGGACGCCGACCUUAUUAUCGGUUAUCUGUUCUCGGGCGAUUUAGAACAGUUAGUGCUGGUGCCAAAAGCCGGACAAGCCCAGAAGCAAUGCUCGAGCCAAGUUUCAGGGGUAUUGACACCUUACGUCACACACGGCGACUAGCAUGUUCGUUUUCUGGAUACACAGACAACAUAAAUAGGAAUGUCUAUCGAUUAUAUUCCCAUGUACUGGAAUUGUAUUCGUCAAGUUAUUAUUAAGCUUCGAUAAAUUAAGUAAUUAUUUUGUUUUCAUUGUCAAAAAUGUCACACGUUUCAAUAGUUUGAUUCAGCAGCUUACAAUUUCAUUUGAUAUUUAAUUUUGUAGUUCAAUAUUUGUCAUUACAAAACCGUCUUUUAAAAAUGAAACAAUACAAACACUAUGCUUAACAUUAUUGUACUACUGUAUAUUAUAAUUUUUUUCUUUUUAUUUCAACGUGCCAUUCAAAAGAUAUUUCGAGCACAUGUUAAUUUUGUACAUUAAUUAAUAGACGCCUCAUUAAUUAAAAUUCAUUGUAUAGUUCCGAAAAAAUCAUUUCGUUCGUCCUUAAAUGCUUAAUGUUUUAAUUAAGUGUUAUUGUAUAUAGACUCUGAGAUAAUUGGAGAAAGGAGACGAAAGUACUCUAGAAAUAGGUACAUAGAUUGUAAGUGAAAUUAUUAAAAAUUUAAUGCUAAUAUAUGUAAAAAUAGAUACAUUUAUGGAAUAGCGGUGAAAGACUUAAGUCAAUGCAUUUAUUUGAGUGUAUUUAAUUUUCAGAGUUACUAUAAUAUAAUAUUAUUAUAUACAGGCAUUAUUGAGAUUAGACAUAAUGCCUCAAGAUGGUCAUUUAAAACCGUCUACUCAUCCGUAUAGUGUAAUGAAAAUAUGUAUAUGUAUGUACUAAAAAGAAGUCGGUGGGCGUCAAUAUCAAUUAAAAAAUGCUUUGUAUAAUAUGCUUCGUAUUCAUUCGACAUUAUCUACAUUAGAGAAUAAUAUUAUGAAGUUUAUUUAUGAACAAACUUAAAAGUUAUUAGACAACAUUUUACAGUCACAUAAACUGUGUUGUCGAAAUUUAAUAAAAGCCCCCUUUUUAUUAGACAAAUAUUCUGAUGGCCCAUGAAUAUUAUUUUUGAAUUAAUAUAAAACAGGCCUAAAUUAGUGUAAUCUUUGAUGGAGGAUCCUUUACGACAGAAUUAUAUGUAUUAUAGUUAUAAAAUAUUUUUAUGCUACUUUGUGAAUUAUUUUGAAACAAUAAUUAUGUUAGUUUCUUUGAAGGCAUAAGCAUGGCGUUAUUAGUUUUAAUAAUUUAAUUACUAAGAAAAAUUGUUAAAUAUUUAAAUUUUUCCAGGAUUUUUAUUUGUUAUUGUUUAUUUUUAUACGAACCAAGAUCAAACCCUGAAUCGUAUAGUUUUAAUGUAAAACAAUUUGUAUCCUAAGCCCAUUCCGCUUAGGAAACGAAUUUGCGAUUCCAAUACUAACAACUCUCCGAGCUGUCCAUAGACUUCGUGCAUCACAACCAGCUUUUUACUGGUGGUAGGACGCCUUGUGAGUCCGCAGGGGUAGUUACUAUCACCCUGCCUACUUCUGCCGUGAAGCAGUAAUGCGUUUCGGUUCGAAAGGCAGGGCAGCCGUUGGACUGUAACUAAAAGUGAGACAUUAAAACUCAUAUCUCAAAGUGGGUGGCGGCAUUUACGUUGUAGAUUUCUACGGGCUCCGGUAACCAUUUAACACCAGGUGGGCCGUGAGCUUGUCCUCUCAUCUAAGGAAUAAACAAGUUAAUUGUUAUCCUAGAGUCAUUUAUUUUCCCGUCAGUAUAAUAAUAGACACACUUUCUGACAAUCGUAGACUAUAAAUUCACAUAAAUAUAAUUAGGUGAAUUUUAGCAGCUUUCAUAGUUUCUGUAUUCUUGUGUUGUUGAAUAACCUUUGUUUGUAUUUAUCUUUGAAUAAUAAAAUAAAGAGGUAAACACAU